UGACCUACCAGCUCCCCGUUUUUCCCCUUCACAAAUCUCUUCUUCCCUCUUCCCCCGUUCCUCGUGGUGAGCUCGCCGUGAUCUGCCUCCGACGACCGGAAUAGCGUCGAGCGGCCGUUUCCCUUAUCCUCCUACCCACCCAUCGGCACUAUAUCAAGCCACCCGCUCUAUCUGGACCGGCCCCUUCCGGAGGAGGAACGGCAGCCUUGGAGGUGGACGCUUGCGGCGGCGAAGAGGGACCCGUGUCUUGCCGGCUGCCACGAAGAUUGCGAGUGGCGUUGGGGGCAGAGCGGUGGGUCCGUGCGAGGACCGGCCGAGGGCGGCGAGUUGGAGCUUUGCCCUAUGAAAGAUCUGCUCAUAUUAGUUGCAGCCUCUCUGGUGGAGUGUACAGUAAAUUGUUACUGGGUUCAAGAAGUAUGCCUAUUCUAGUAACUGAAUGCCCAGAGCUUGAAACCUAAUUUACUCAUUUCCCAGGAAGAACUGGUCAUGACAUCCAAGUGUGUUUGGUUACUGAUCCCAUUAGGUCGCAGCGCAGUUUGUGUUUCAACAACAAAAUGAAGGUGAAAUGUUGGUCACGUGCCACUGGUGUUGCAAUGGGAUAACCUGCACCAUUGGGUGAUUAAAUCAUAAAUGACCUUUUGGGACGGGAAGGAAUUAAAGAACUGUUUCAAUGAACUUCCUACUAAACCUUAAGCACCUCUGGCACAUUAGCUUGCCGACGAGGCCUGUCAUUUGCAAAUGCCUUCUAGUAGUGAUUGGUCUUAUUGUACUGAGAGCGAUUGUCUCACCUUUUCUUGCCAUUAACUUGUCUGAGAAGAGUUUUUAUGAGUCAUCAACCCUUGACUUGUUCCCUGGAGUUAGGAAAGACAAGUUUGUUGAGGUCCCACAGAUUAUAUGGGGAUUGAACAAUCAGAAGAUCGCAUUUGCCAGGGCAUGCUUGACAGCGAAAUUUCUGAACAGGUCUCUGCUCAUGCCAAGUCUGAGUGCUUCACUUUUCUAUAAAGAGGUUGACUUGCUGCAGCCUAUUCCUUUCGACAAGGUGUUUGACUUUAACAAAUUCAAUGCCCGCUGUUAUGGAUUUGCAAGGCUAGCUCGGUACUCCGAAGUUUCAAAUCAUACUGAGCCUUAUAAACUCCAGAAGGGAAGUGGUAGGAGGUGGACAGUGGAGAGAGAUUUGGAUCAGCUGCAACAAUCCAAAACGGGCGAGGCCGAUGGCUAUGAAGUAAUUCAUGUCACUGGGAAACAUCCGUUUUUGUGGCCUGACCAUUGGCCAGUGAAAGACUAUGCCAAGGUCUUCGAUUGCCUUGCCUUAUCUCCUGAGAUAGAAACUGAAGUAGUCAAGGUCAUAUCCAAGAUUAAAGAUGCAGGGAAAAAAGCAAGACAUGAGGCUGCUAUUUCCCAUAAUAAGAAGAGGAUAGAUGAUGGUUCUUUAAAUCUGCCCGUGCAGUACAUUGCUGUUCACAUGAGAAUAGAGAAAGACUGGAUGAUCCAUUGCAAGAAGUGGGAGAAGCGGUCUAACUUGAAGGAAAUCUGCAGCAGCAAAGGAGAGAUCAUCCAUAAGGUCUCACAGAUUACUGAUCUACGCCGUCCGGUUGUGGUUUAUCUUGCAGUAGCUGACAGCCUUCUAGAGGAUGAUUCAGUAACCAGUGGUUGGAGAGUGGGUAUGAUUGCUUAUGAGAAGAAGAAACUUGGAGUUACUGACAUAUACGAGAGGCAGCCUUAUCUUAUAAAGUCUGCCAUCGACUUUGAGGUGUGCGCGAGAGCAGAUGUGUUUGUUGGCAAUAGCUUCUCAACAUUUUCCAACCUCGUAGUUUUGUCAAGAACGGAAAGGCUGUAUAAGCUGGGGGUGCCAAGCUCGUGUGGCGAGGAUGUUGGACUGUCGUCGUACGCCUACAACGUCAUUGGAGAUGACGGCGGGCCGCAGAGAUGGAUGACGGAUAUGUUGGACACAAGCCUUCAGCGCAUAAGCUACGGAACAAAUAACAUCUCCUGCCACUGACAGUUGGUUGACACACAUAACAUCUGACUGAAACACAAUGGCACAAUGGGACGCAGGAAGAUAGUUUUUGGCCGAAUCUUGUCCAGAAACUAGCUGUACUUUCCAUGCUAGGAUCUGGACAGCCACACUGACAUGCCAGCACUAAUGAAAUGAGUUUGGCCAAGACCUUUCUGUACUUUGUGAUUGUGUACAAAAGUUCUUUCGUCAGCAGUUUUUUAGUUUGCAGAGCUAGACCUGUGGGACACUUUCUUUGACACCUAUAUGGUUUAUUGAGAUCCGCUUUGCUUCACACUCUUGGACAAUUAUGACGCUUCCACUGUCACGUGAACAUUUGUAUGAAGUGCAUUGUUUCGCUUA